GCUCUCCCAUAAGCAGGCAGGCAGGCAGGCUGGCAGGCUGGCUGGCUGGUUGCCCGGGCACGAACCGUUUCCACUGUCCGUCCGUCCGUCCGUUUCGCCUCGUCUCGUCUCGUCUCCUCGCGCGCGUCCGUCGUAUCACCGCCUCUGCCUCCACCUCCUCCUCCUUCUCUUUUCUACCACUUCGAUUUUAUCGCGCGGCGCGCAAACGGUCUCGACCCUCGGCACCGAACGCAUCGCUCGCCAGUAGAGUAGAAUGAAUUGGACGCGGCGCGACAGCAGAGGCUCGUCGUCGUCAUCCUAACCGAGACCAACCUCUCGCGGCACUCGGUCUCGAUUUCGGUCGUGCACGCGAUCCUCGCGACCUUGAGGACCAGUGACAGUGCGUGUCUCUGACCUUGGCCAGCCGAGUUCUCCAAUGGCAGCGGCGCGAGCAACGCGCCAGCUGAUCGACAGUCGCGUGUACCAAGUGGACCGUGUGAUUCUGUACUUUCGCUUGCGGAGAACGUGUCCCGACUUCGGGAUUACGUCACCGAACGUAAUCAGAAGGGGAAGGUAGGCCGCCGAUAUAUACAGAAGUUGGGUUAACAAUGGACAGCGGUGGAUCAGGAACAGACGCGGUAGCGAAUUACCGGACGUUCGCAGAACGUGAAGAGGAGAGGAUUCACCUGACUUGGUAGAGAGUUUGGUGCCAGAUUCGAGGAUGGAGGAGCCCUCGCCAAGGACCUAUCUGGAAUGCUGGGACAGACGUGGGAAAGACAGAACUGGCAACGGAUCCGCUUAAAUGGAAUUACGAAAGAAGCAGAACGAAGACAAGUACUCGGUGGCGAACAGCCAAGCGCCGUUGCAGACAGGCGAGGAGGAACACCCGGAGCGUGGCACAUGGACGGGGAAAUUCGACUUCCUGUUGUCUCUUCUGGGAUACAGCGUCGGUCUCGGCAACGUCUGGCGAUUCCCAUACCUGUGCUACUCGAACGGAGGGGGAGCCUUUCUCAUACCGUUCACGGUGAUGCUCAUCAUCGCCGGCCUGCCUCUCAUGUUCAUGGAACUCUCGUUAGGGCAGUACGCGAGUCUUGGCCCAGUGGCAGCUUACAAACGCUUCUGCCCUCUCCUUCGCGGCCUGGGAUACGGAAUGGUGUUGGUCAGCUCCGUGGUGAUGCUGUAUUACAAUUUGAUCAUCGCCUGGACUCUUUACUACAUCUUCGCUUCGGUGGCUGGCGGUGGUGAACUGCCAUGGAGUAAAUGCGAACCAGCCUGGAGCACGGAGGACUGCUUCAUGCCGGAAGAUGCCGAGGCGUGCUGGGCUCUGAACAUGAGCUAUUACAAAGAGAAAUGCUUAAAUUCCACCCAGAUGGCUUCGAUGGGUCUGACCAUUGAGAACAUCACCAAUGCGAUUAAAAAACCACCGGCCGAAGAAUAUUUCAACAAUCACGUGCUGGGAAUAAGUAGCGGAAUCGAGGAGACGGGGGCGAUUCGACCCUCGCUGGCGGUGUGUCUUCUGUUGGCUUGGAUCAUCGUUUUCCUCUGUUUGAGCAAAGGUGUUCAAAGUUCGGGAAAGGUCGUCUACUUCACCGCUCUCUUCCCAUACGUCGUCCUGAUCGCUCUUUUUAUUCGGGGCAUCCUCCUCCCCGGUGCCAGCGAAGGGGUCGUAUUUUACCUAACGCCCGACUGGAAGAGACUAAUGUCCGCGAAAGUGUGGGGCGACGCCGCGGUCCAGAUAUUCUUCGCCCUCAGCCCGGCCUGGGGCGGCCUGAUAACGCUCAGCUCGUACAACAAGUUCAGGAACAACUGCUACAAGGACUCGCUGAUAGUAGCCGUUAGCAACAUCGGCACCUCCUUCUUCGCGGGUUUCGUCAUUUUCUCUGUGAUCGGAUUCCUGGCUCACGAACUCAAAGUCCCGGUCGCCUCCGUUGUCGACCAGGGUGCCGGGCUGGCCUUCAUCGUUUAUCCCGAGGUGGUGUCUCGUCUGCCGGUUGCUCCCGUUUGGUCGCUGCUGUUUUUCGUGAUGCUCCUCACGUUGGGCCUCGAUUCCCAAUUCGCUUUGAUGGAAACCGUGACCACCGCGAUACUCGACGCGUUCCCGGCACUACGACACUAUAAACUGUUGGUCGUGCUGUCUGCGGCCGUGUUCGGUUACGCCGGGGGAAUCAUCUUCACUACCAACGCUGGAAUGUAUUGGUUGCAACUGAUGGACAAAUACGCGGCGAAUUGGUCGGUGCUGCUGAUAGCAAUAGGGGAGUGUAUUCUGGUCGCGUGGAUCUACGGUGCUGAUCGAUUCCUCGACGACGUCCAGCAGAUGAUCGGUCCUCGCAGCCGUCUGUGGAGAUUCUUUUGGACCUGGAUGUGGAAAGUGAUCACGCCGGCGACUCUCUUCUUCAUUCUGUUCUUCAACUGGGUCGAGUACGAGCCGCUCACCUACGGCGAUUACGUUUAUCCGAAAUGGGCGGACAUCGCUGGUUGGGUCGUAGGCAUGAUACCCGUCGCAGUGAUUGUAGGCGUGGCUCUCAAUCAAUUGAGGGAUCGUCGACGUCGUUCCGCCUACGACGACGACGAUUACGACGACGACGACGACGAUCUUGACAACAGACCGUCGUGCCAGGGGCCAGGCAAGGGUAAAACGAAGAAGAGCAAGAGCAAGAGCGUUUGGUGGCGGGCGAAAAUGUUGUUGCAGCCCACGUCCGACUGGGGCCCGGCAAUCAGGAAUCAGUCGACUCCGUCGAGAACACUAACCCACACGCCGUCGCCAGGCCCGACGGCGGGAUACGAUUCAGUGAGGGACACGAUAGUAUUAGUGAACGGUCAACCGAUGAUGAUCCAACCGCCAAGCGCGUCCGGCACCAACCAGAAGCUCCCCGGGCCGUCGAUCUUAAAGAAUUCUAGUAAAACCGAUUUGAUCACGUCCCAACAAGUCUGACACGAUGUUCAUUUCAUCUCGAAGGACGAGCCUGGCCAGAAAUCUGUGGCCAAAGACGCAACGCGCUAAUAACAGGUAGUUGCAUAUCGCAGAUGAAGAGACGGUGAAACCGAGAAACGAAAGAAAGAGAGAAAGAGAGAAAGAGAGGAGAGGAGUGAAUACAUAAUUCGUACGAAUUUAUUUUUCUAAACCGGGAAUAGAGUCGGUGUAUUUUUUCAUAAAUGUAUCCCAAUCUUACGAUUGCCAAGUUCUGCCCUUUUUCAUUCCAACUCGACAAUUUCUACGUUCGUUUCGUUGCUCUCUUCGUCGGGCGAAGGAAUCGAUUGAUUCUCUAGGAACCUUCCUAGUUUCUGAAUAGCGACGCUUUCGAUAUUAAACGAUGUUAGAAAGUGAGAAUAGCGUAAAACGAAUGCGAAUCUUGUGAGCGUGCGAGAUGCGUCGAUCGGAGGGAACGUGUUGCCACGUGUUGAAACGUUACGAAGAUUUACGCUACUCCACUGGUUUCAAUUAUACGUACGAAACGCGCCCAGAACGAAAAGGACUGACGGAAAUCUGUGGCGGAGAGAAACAAGGCGAGGGAUUAAUAAUUGUACACCCGCUUUAGUGAAGAAUGUUAGACGUUUGUCGCUGCCUAAAAGUUAUCUAGAACGAACUAAGACACUGUUCCGCCCGUUGGGUGGAUCGUCCACAUGAACGAUCGACAUUGCUUCUGUGUAAGACACCUAAUUGUAAGAUGAAGCGUUGGGCCGAACGACCAGCCGACUUAGAUGUUCCUGCGCGAUGAUUUCUCGUUCGCCAAAACUCCACUAAUCCGUGUCGUUCCACUUUCCUCGGUUACAACCAGUCCUAUCUAUUCGUAUUUCAUUUUCCACAGUGUUUUGAUAUGUGACCCGAACUUCGCUUUUAUAAAGUUAUACACAUUCCUAUGACAGGUAGUUCGGUAUCUGUCGAUUUGUAAAAUGAACGUUUAAUCCAGCUUGGAUGUGAAUUACUGUAGAGUGAUAAAAAAACGAGGAAACUGGUCUGAGGUCGUGAUCGAUAAACCGCGGACUUGACACGUUCGUAGUAGAUAUGAAAUAUUGUAGAAUGACGACGUAGAAAAAAGAUCAGAAGUGAAAUGGACAUUAUUUUUAAAGAGUCACGAAAAUCCUUAUCUAGAUUGGCCCGUGGUUUAAUUACACGCAGACCAACAAGAAAUAACUUUUUAAAAUCUUUCUUAACGUUAACAGUUGAUUCUUAUGAUUUCUAUCGUGCUGAAUCCGUGUCUAACGUAAGCUUUUAUCCGUAACUCAGUUUCGUCACAAUGUGACUUUGUCAUAAACUAGAAAAUUAAUGAAACAUACCAUGGAAGUAAGAAUAAGUUGACGUAACAAUAUGAACAAAAUUCUUAUUCAAGUAUAGACAUGAAAAUAUCUUUUUAUUACGUAGGCUUUAUGACUAGCCAUUGUUUAACAUCUCAGCACGAAUGACUAACAACUAACGCUGAAAAUUUCAUUUCUUUAAAUAAUGAGUAUUGAAAUAUGAAAAAACGAGGAGUGAUUCGGGUUUUUUAUUGAACGAUUAAGAACUAACCAAGUAUGAAAAAAUGGUGAGUGAUACGGUUUUUUUAUUGUUAAAUUCGGAUUCAGCAUAGAAACCAGAAGACCAAGAGAAAUUCAUUGAAAAAGGUCUUUCAUUGUCGGCCCGUGUCAUCCAAAGUUCGAGGAGAGUGUAGUUAGCGUAACUCAUCGUAUUUUCCUAAAAGAGAGGCUGAUAUCCUCCUGGUGAGGAAUUGUAACAAUUGUCAGUAUUUAUUUAAACGAUCGACUUCAUUUUUGAUCCGUUUCAAUCCUAGGAUUUAUACCUGAUCGAAUCUGAGUGAGGCAGUAAACACGAUUUUUUAGAUAACGUUCCAAUUGAUUUUCCUCACCGACCGAUUAAUUGAAGUUCAAUCGAGAUCUCCAUUUCCAUUCCCUGCAGACUGAACAGAAUCUUAUACUUAUUCACUUUUAGAUAUAUCAACGCGUAAUUGUUGUUAACGAUAGCGACGCUGAAACUCUUACGUAAAGUCAAUGAAAAUGCGGUAAGGUAUAAAGGGAUAUAAGGGAUCGUAUAAACGUAAAAUAGUAUAGUAUUAAUCGAAACGAUUAUUCGUGAUUAAAAAGAAGUCAGUAAUGAUUGAAAGCAAGUUUAGACGAACGCUUGAUUACAGUCUGAGUUUCGUAGAAGCUCUACGAAAUCCCUAAACGGGGCUCCAAGGAAACUGUUGACAGUUUCAAUCAGUUCUCGAGAGUAGAAAAAAUCUCAAUCGAGUAAAAAUAAGUAUUCUGUUUUAAAACAGAAGUUGUAACGAAGGGAUUUUCCAGUUUCCGGUUAAAUUUAAUUCGAUAAGAAUCACCGUUUGUCCAAUCCUCUAUCCUGUAUUCGAUUUACUAAAUAACCCUUAUUUAAAAGUAAUUCCCGACUUUUAUAUUCUGUUUUUAAAUACGCGUCCCUUCGGAACUUUUAUUAACCGAACAUAAAAUAAUCAUUAAAACCGAACUCUUACAGGCUAUUUCUAUGCAAAAUUCUUAAAACAGGACGUGACUGAUUUAAAAGUUUUAUGAGCGAAUCUUGUAUCUGAAGUUGGCAGAUCGAUUGGAGCCCUGGUCCAGUGUCCAGGAUUAAGCACUUCGACGAAUAAACCGUGUCCACCCAUAGACAUUGCCGUUACUGACCACGAUGCAUCUAUUUUCCGGUUGCGCGAGACUUUUCAGGGAAUAAUCACAAUUAUAAAUUGAUAGCUGUUCCGCGUGCUUUCGAUAAAAAAAAAAAAAAAAAAUAGUGAAUACAAAACGAGCCGAGAGUUAGAUAGCCGCGUAUUUUCUGACGAGUGGAAUAUUUUAGCAAAAAGAGGCGAUACAACGAUUUCACACGCUGCUGCUCAAAAGUAUGCGGGAACCUGCUGACACUUUGCGUAAUCAAUUACGUGAUUAUAAAUGUACCGUGUCACCCGUUUACACCUUCGAACCUGUCGCUUGUGUAACGUCCGAAAUGAAAAGAGAAUCGUUUGUGGGAACUCGGAUGAAAUUAUGGUGAUCCUGAAAUAAACAUUGCUAGCCAUAAUGGCAAGGUUAGUAAAAGAUAAUUAAAAUACGAGAUAUGCAAAUGAGAAAUAUAAUUAUUUAAUCUUA